AUGAAAGAGGCAGACCGGUCAUCAAUAUUUAAGCCAAAAAAUGGUGGAAAACGUGCGAAACUCUCUCGAGAGGUAAAAAUCCAGAAAGAUUCACAUAUAGUGCUGUGCACAGAGGACAUGGUUUUAUCCAUAUAAGCGUAUUUGGCCAGAUACAGAAUCAAUUGCCAAAACAUUUUACUUCAGACAAAAUAAAUUAUAUUUAAACAAAAAGAUGUACAUGGUAUGGUAGAUAAUAAAUUAAUUAACCCAUCAAGUUGCAUUGCUUCCCAGUGUGCCCUACUUUAUUAUUUCACUUGAUCUGCCUAUCGCCAAAUUAUUUUACUUGACAAGGGGAGAGUGCUGAAUGACAUUCAUUGGGUUAAAAUGAUAUAUUAUUACAUUUCAGGUCACUAGUGAUUGCAGUAAUGCGAUAUAUGUUGGCAAUGAUGGACCAAUUGAUUUCAGGCCUUAUGCUCUUUGGAGUGCUGGAGCAAAUCAAACAUUCAAGAGAGGUCAUGGCAUCAGUACUUACAUUGGAAGGUGCUGCCAACUUCCAACUAACUUCCAACAUGAUGCUGGAUAACCUGACUAUGGAGUUUAGUCCAGAAGGCAGCAACAAAAAAGCUCCAGAAAUAAACAUCCACAAAUAUUUCUGUGACUAUGUGCAAGAGUUGGAAACAAGAGAAGGUAUUAAAGAAGGUUACAAAAUUAUAGUUUUAUGUUUGAAGAUACUUUAUUGUUCAGUAGACUGAGACAAUGUAGUAGGUCACAAUGUAGUAGGUUUACUCUCUGGGUCUUCUCUGUGUGGAAACACAAUGUACAUGUACACAUUUAUUAUUGCAUUCAUAAACACACAUGGUGUUUCCCACAAACCAAAAAUUUUCUUUAACUUAAAUAGACCUCAUGUAUUAUGACGUUUCUUUGCAGUGCAAGACUACAACUACCAGACUUCAUAAUACUUUGCGAGUAUUUGCUCACUGUUUCUACUGGACUAUUGGGAUUCUCUCAAAGCAUUAUGAUGACAUAAUGCACAACAAGGUCUAUUGUCAUUUACUAACAUCGAUAAUUUUUCUAGAUGUGAUGUGAACAAGGCAUUACCAAAACUGUACAAAUUUAUUACUGGAAGCAAGUCUGUAACCCCACUUGGUGCUGAAAGUCACAUUCUGAAAUUUAAACAUGGUUGCCCUGCACAAUGUAAGUAUCGCCCAACAGCUGCAACUUGUGACCCCAGUAUCCGAUUUCCAAUUCACUACAGCGACAGUAAUGAUUUAGAGCAGGCAAUGGAUACCACCCUGGAAGAAUAUUUUGGAUUUGGUUUUGUUUAA